AUGCUGCGCUGUCAUCCACCAUCAACUCGACGCCGACAAGCAGCACGCGACAUCGACACUGCCAACCAUCUGAUCUCGGAGUCCGAAUUGCAGAAUCAUAUCCAGGUCCUAGCAACUUUCACGAUGCGUCUGUACGAAUCCCUCUUCGCCACCUGCCUCUGUCUGGCCCAAGUCAGUUUUGCUGCACUGCCCUUGUCGUUCACAAAAUGGCCAACGACUCUUCGUGCUGGUGAGCCCGCCACGGUAACUUGGGCCGGUGACAUUGAAACUCCCGCCACCAUCACUCUCCGGAAAGGAUCAUCCACCGAUCUAGGCGACGUGCAAGUCUUAACGGCCAAGGCUCUGGGAGGAACAUUUACUUUUACUCCCGAUGACAGUCUUCCCGGUGGAGCUGAUUAUGCGUUGCAAAUCAGCCAGCCCGGACAAGUGAACUAUUCGGGGCACAUAACUCUGGAGGCAGCUCCUGCAGUGAUCCCUCCGUCAAAGGGACCCCGUCCCACUCCCGUUACGCAAGAUCCCAACUCGGAGGAUUUUGAAACUGCCACCCACGACGAAAAGGACGAUGACAUCCCAAAAGGCAACAACGGUGAAACCGUCUCACUGAACGAAACCACUCCAACCAAAAACACCACGUCUGGAAAGAGCGCCAUGGCAGCCCAGAUGCAAACUGGUGGAGCGAUGUUUCGAAACACUUCGCCCGAGCUGCUGCUGGCCGCCGCUGGCAUCAUCUUCUACCUUACAAGCUCAUCCUUCGUAUGA